AUGUACCCGUUUCACACAAGGGGAAGCUGUGAGGUUUACCAGAGAAAGCAAUGGAGCUGCCUAAAAAUUUGGUUAAUUUUAUUCAUGUUUCCAAGAACCUGUGUAUCAAAUCCUUCAAAACCCAAUUUUUUACUGAUACUGGCUGAUGAUCUUGGUAUUGGAGAUGUGGGUUGCUAUGGCAAUGAUACAAUAAGGACCCCUAACAUUGAUGGCCUGGCAAAUGAAGGAGUGAGACUUACUCAGCACAUUGCUGCAGCUGCUGUCUGUACUCCAAGCAGAGCAGCUUUCCUGACUGGCAGAUAUCCCAUCAGAUCAGGCAUGGCAUCAAGCACUCAACGGCAGAUUCUCUUUUGGAACGGGUGUUCUGGAGGGCUCCCGCCAAAUGAAACAACUUUCGCCAGAAUACUGCACCAGCAAGGUUAUUCUACAGCGCUUGUAGGGAAGUGGCACAUGGGUGUGAACUGCAAAUCCCGCCGUGAUCACUGCCACCAUCCUUUAAAUCAUGGCUUUGAUUAUUUUUACGGCAUGCCUUUUACCCUUUUGAAUGAGUGUCAAGGCACAAAUGACCCAGAACUGGCCAAGACUUUGCAAGAUACAUAUUGGCUUUACACACAGAUGAUCAUCCUUGCAGUUCUUACUCUUUUGAUUGGAAAACUUGCCAAUUUAUUCUCAGUAAAAUGGAAAAUAAUCAUAUGUCUGGUCAUCUGCGGUUUCCUGUAUUUCAUCUCCUGGUUCUCCAGCUAUGGUUUAACCAAGUACUGGAACUGUAUCCUGAUGAGAAACCAUGAUAUCACUGAACAACCGAUGAAUCUAGAAAAAACUACUUCUAAUAUGCUGAAGGAGGCAGUUUUGUUCAUUGAAAGAAACAAACAUAGACCAUUUCUUCUCUUUGUUUCCCUCUUACAUGUUCACACCCCCCUCAUUACCACAGAGAAGUUUCAGGGGAGAAGCAGGCAUGGCCUAUAUGGAGAUAACGUAGAGGAGAUGGACUGGAUGGUGGGCAGGCUUCUGGAUGCUAUUGACAAAGAAGGCUUGAAGAAUACCACAUUUACUUAUUUUGCAUCUGAUCAUGGAGGAUUCUUAGAGGCUCACAGAGGAAAUACUCAGUUGGGUGGAUGGAAUGGGAUCUAUAAAGGUGGAAAAGGAAUGGGAGGCUGGGAAGGAGGGAUCCGCGUCCCAGGAAUAGUUAGCUGGCCAGGAGUGUUGCCUGCAGGGACAGUUAUCAAUGAACUGACAAGCCUUAUGGACAUUUUCCCAACAGUGGUUCACCUGGCUGGAGGGGUAGUGCCUCAGGACAGGGUCAUCGAUGGGCACACCUUGCUGCCUUUGCUGCAGGGGACAGUUCGGCACUCUGGGCACGAGUUCAUGUUUCACUACUGCGGUGCGUUUCUGCAUGCAGUGCGGUGGCAUCAAAAGGACAGUGGCACUGUAUGGAAAGCUCAUUAUGCUACUCCAGUAUUCCAACCAGAAGCUUCUGGGGCCUGUUUUGGAAGAGGAAUUUGCCCAUGUUUUGGGGAUGGGGUAACCCAUCAUGACCCUCCGCUGCUGUUUGAUCUCUCAAAAGAUCCUUCUGAGGCAAAUCCUCUAUCAGCCGACACUGAGCCCUUGUUCGACACUGUAAUGAGGAGAAUAGGAGAGGCUGUAGAAGAACAUCGCAAGACACUGACUCCAGUCCCACAACAGCUGUCUCCUUACAAUAAUAUAUGGAAGCCAUGGCUGCAGCCAUGCUGUGGCACAUUCCCGUUCUGUUGGUGUGAUGAGGAAAACAACAAGGCAGAUGGAAUACUUUAA